UCUGAGGAGCAGGAGUUGGAAGAGAAGACGUUUCUUCUUCCAGCCGAAGUGCAGUUCGGUUACCUUCCCGUCUGCUCUUCACAUGUGGAGAUAUCUGACGACCGUCGCUCCGCUGCCAAACGUGACCCCAGCGCCACCUACGCCUAUGGAGUGGUGUACGGAGAGAGGCCAUUGAGAGGGACGGCCGAGUUUGAGGUGGAGCUGGUCUCAUACGGCACAGGGUGGUCGGGGACUCUGAAACUGGGAGUCAUGCGGUGCAAGACUGGUAGCUGCGUGACGGACAAGAACAUUCCCCGUUACUCGCCCGAAGGAACGCACCACUGCGUGUGGAGCUCUGAUAAACUUCACAACAGACUGACAGACUGUUUCACGGAGCAGCAUUAUGGAGAGAUCAACCUGGACGAGUUGAGAGCUGGCGACAGACUGGGUAUGAGAGUCAGCCAUGACGGAACUCUCGAGUUCUUUGUGAACGGGAGACACCAGGGAGUGGCUGCAGAGAACCUGUACCAGAAGGGCUACGACGUGUAUGCAGUGGUGGACCACUACGCCAACUGCAAGGCCACACGCAUCACCAGAUCAGUGAUAUAUGUAGACAUUCGACUACAAGACAUCUGCUUACGAAAGAUAGCUCUGUGGUAUGCCUCUGUCCUGGAGAGGGAGGAGGUGGUGUGGGGAGACCAGUAUGUCCCUGCGGUCUCCGAGGAAGGUGAGAGUAGACAGUCUGACUUGUCCAGACGACGGAAGCGACGUAGGCAGUGGAGAGAGUGGAGCCUGGCAGACCUCCCUGGGUGUAGGACACAGUGGCUGGAGGUAGGAGCAGACCCAUCAACACCAGCUGGUAGAGUUUGCUGCGAGAGA